AUGGAUUAUUCAAGUGUAUUUAAGAAUUUGGCAAAGGAAGCUGGUGUUAAUAUACCUUCUUCCGCCUUUUCUAAGCCGAUUCUCAGUCGUCAAACUACCACUUCUACAAAUAUCAAAGUGAGCAAAUGUGGUAAAUGUGGAGAACCACGCAGCGCAAUUGGGUGGUGUAAGCCGUGCGACACAAACAAACUUAAAUCUCAGUUCGACAAAUGGACGAGUGGCAAUGAGGAUCUUGAUACCUUUAUCAGGGAAACUCAACUGAACGCCAAUACUCCAUAUGAUUAUAUGCGAUGGAUCCCUUUUGAAAGCUUUACUAAUAUUGAAUAUGUUGCAAGAGGGGGCAUGGGUGUCGUUUUCUCUGCAAAUUCUGAAAAUUGGGGAAAAGUUGCUCUCAAAUUUUUGGAUAACUCUGAAAAUUUAGCUAAAGAUUUUUUGGAUGAGCUUAGAUCUUAUCACCGUUGUAGUCUUGGCUCCGGAAUAGUCGAUUGUUACGGUGUUAGUAAAGACCCAAAAACGGGCAGUUAUGUGAUGGUGAUGCGAUAUGCUGAACAAGGAAAUUUACGUAAUUAUCUUUCCAAGUAUUUUACUGACUUGACAUGGGACGAAAAAAUUGUAUUAUUUGAUCGUAUCGGAAAAGCACUGAAAGGGAUUCAUGAUUCUGGUUAUGUGGCCGCGAUGCUUCGUUGUUGGGACUGUGAACCGUCUAAACGUCCAACCAUUGAUGAACUAUUAAGUAUGUCAUACAAAUGGCGCUACCUGUCAGAUGGAAAAGCUCCCUUCCAAGGUCCCAAGACAAAGAAAGUAAAGAGUGGUCACGUCAAGUCUGUACUUACCAAUUCUAAUACAGUGCACCCUCAAGCUUUCUACACUAGCAGACUACUGCAUUAUCCUAAUUUACCAGAACCCAGAAACUCUGAUCAUUAUACACUUUUUGAUUCAACAACUGGUGAAAUACACACGAUAGUUAGAAAACAAAAUUCCAAAAAAGACUCCGAUAGAUCUUCGUUUGUGCCAGAUGAACUUUCAUCGUUCGCCCCUUCUGAUAAGGGCAAGGAAAAGGCCCAGGAGGAGUAUCGUCCUCGCGCCACUAGAAGGGAAUCCAUAACUAGGAGUAUGACAUUAAAUAGUAAAAUAGAUAAAGAUGCGAUUGAGAGAAUAAGAUCCGAGCGUAAGAAAUUAUCUCAUUAUCGAUGGAACUCUACGAUUAAUGAUAUUCCUAGACAAGUGGAACUUUUAAGAAUUGAUGGUAAUUUUGAGAGUCAAAAUUCAUGA